CCCACUUUCCUGUCUUUCUCGCGCUUCCUUUCUGAAGUAUUCGCACGAACCGACUCCGACACCGGCUUCAGUACAGAACAGGAAUGUUUCAGUGUAAUGCACUGUCUAAGCAAAUAUAAGAAGGCAUUUUGACACCAGAGCCAUCAUGGUCAUCUAGAUAGCGCCAUGGCCCUAGGAACCCAGCUCUUACUCCUGCUCUGGAAGAACGUCAUCUACCGCAGGAGGAACAAGAUCCAGCUGAUCAUAGAGCUGCUUUGGCCGCUUUUCCUGUUCCUCAUCCUCAUCGCUGUACGGCACUCGCACCCUCCUUACAAGCAGAGCCAGUGUCACUUCCCCAACAAAGCUCUGCCAUCUGCAGGCACUCUAGCAUGGGUUCAGGGCAUCAUCUGCAACAUCCAAAAUCCAUGCUUCCACUACCCCACUCCAGGAGAGACACCGGGUGAAGUGGGAAAUUUUGACAACUCGAUCCUUUCUCGACUAUUUGUGGACGGCAGGACCGUUCUCGCCAACCUUGGCAAUCAGACCACCCUCUCAGCUUUAGAGAACCUCUCGCUUGCUGUUCGGAGACUGGUCCAGAGGCAGGAAGCUUGGCCAAAUCUGCCAGUUGGAGAGUACCUAAAAGCCAAUGAGACGUUCUCUUCCUUUUUACGGACCAACUGCAGCCUUCCUUCUUCAACUGUUGACCAGUUACUGAAAGCACAACUCAGCCUCCAGGUGGUGUCACUGGCAGGUCCUGGGAUGCGUCUGUCCGAUAUCGUCUGUAACGCCACACUCCUGGACAGCUACCUCACGGUGGAAGGAAACUCCUCAUUCACCGAACUGCAGCAGAACUUGUGUGCCGUUCCCUCCGAUUUGCUGCAGCAGGCUGAGCAAAUCUUUCUUUCACAACUGAACCUCAGCAAGAUCAUCACAAGGGAGAGACUGCGCUCCAAUGCUGCUGAAGUGCGUCAGCUCAGCCGGACAGUCUCGUCUGUGGCUCGGGACUUCAGCUCACUUUUGAAUGAUAUGUCUGCUUUAUCCAGCUUCACGGAGUUGAAUGCAGAACUGAGGCUGAUUUCUCCAGAGAACGGCUCAACGCAACCGCGAGAGAGUUUCCGAGCUUUCUCCAGGAUUGUUUGCGGGCAUCCUGAGGUGGGCGGUGAGAAGAUUCCUUCUUUUAACUGGUAUGAGGACCAGGACAUCAAGUCCUUCUUGGGUAAAGAUGGGACAGAGGAAGAUGACUUGGAAAAUAACAACACUACCACUCCAUUUUGUAAAAACCUGAUUCAAACCCUCGAGUCGAAUCCUCUCUCACGCAUUGUAUGGAGAGGCAUUAAGCCACUUUUCAUUGGGAAGCUUCUGUACACACCGGAUACUCCUGUUACACAGAGAAUCAUGAACGAGAUGAACAGGACCUUCCAGGACUUUGAGAUUGUUGCACAAAUACACGACGCAUGGGAGGAAGUAGGACCCAGGCUGAAGAGCUUCAUGGAAAGCAGCGUGGAGAUCCGUAUGCUACAGGAUUUGCUGAAGCGACCUGAGGUGGCUGUUAUGGUGAAUCUGCAACUGGAGAACACUUCCUGGACAGCUUCUCGCAUCGCUCACUUCCUCUCCACACCUAAUCCAAACACUGCUGCGAAGGAAGGAGCGCCCGCUACGUGGCUGGAUCUGUAUCAGGAUUUCAAUAGCACUAUAAGCCUCUUGUCCCAACUCACAAAGUGUUUUUCACUGAAUAAGCUAGAGGGAAUGGCCACAGAAGGGCAGCUGGUGGAGCGGGCGUUGGAGCUGCUGGAGGAUCGGCAGUUCUGGGCUGGAAUAGUCUUCCUCCUCCCGGACCCUUCCUCCACAGAGCUUCCUCCUCACGUCAAAUACAAGAUCCGCAUGGACAUAGAUGAUGUCACACGCACCAAUAAGAUCAAAGAUAAGUUCUGGGAUCCUGGUCCAGCCGCAGAGCCCUUCAGUGAUCUGCGCUACAUCUGGGGUGGCUUUGUUUACGUGCAGGAUUUAGUGGAGCGAGCAAUAACACGGGUGCUGAGUGGCAAACAACCAACUACAGGAAUAUAUGUACAACAGAUGCCCUACCCAUGCUUUGUGGAUGAUGUAUUUCUGCGGGUCUUGAAUCGUUCUCUCCCACUCUUCAUGACGCUGGCCUGGAUAUACUCAGUGGCAAUGAUAAUUAAAGGUGUGGUUUAUGAGAAGGAGGCACGACUGAAGGAGACUAUGAAGAUCAUGGGCUUGGGCUCGGGAACUCUCUGGCUCAGCUGGUUCAUCAGCAGCUAUCUGCCUUUUCUCUUCAGCUCUGGCCUUCUCAUUACUGCACUGAAGUUGGGAGACAUCUUGCCCUACAGCGAUCCUGCGGUGAUCUUCUUCUUCCUGGCCGCCUUUGCUACAGCCACAAUCAUGUUGUGCUUCCUCAUCAGCACGUUCUUCUCUCGCGCCAAUCUGGCAGCAGCUUGUGGAGGCCUCAUCUACUUCUCUCUCUACCUGCCCUAUGUGCUCUGCGUGGCCUGGAGGGAAUAUCUGACCAGCACACACAGAAUCCUAGCAAGCUUCCUCUCUCCAGUAGCCUUCGGAUUUGGCUGCGAGUAUUUCUCUCAGUAUGAAGAGCAAGGAGUGGGUAUUCAGUGGUACAAUCUACUGUCCAGUCCUGCCGAAGGAGACAAAUACAACUUUACUACCUCAAUCAUAAUGCUGUAUGUGGAUGCCUUCAUCUACGGAGUGGCCACUUGGUACAUUGAAGCUGUGUUUCCAGGGCAGUAUGGAAUUCCCAGGCCUUGGAAUUUUCUCUUCCAGUUAAAUUACUGGGGAGGAGUACCGCUGGAGGCUGACAUUCCCAUUCCUCCUGCACCAUGUGAUCAACCAGACAAUCAGAUCGAACCGGAACCUUCCCAUCUCGUCCUUGGAGUAGCCAUACAUGACUUGGUGAAAAUAUAUAAAAAAGGAGCCAAGCUUGCUGUCAAUCAUCUGAGCCUCAAGUUCUAUGAGGGCCAGAUCACGUCAUUCUUGGGUCACAAUGGAGCUGGCAAGACAACGACGAUGUCCAUUCUGACUGGCCUGUUCCCACCGACUGCUGGUACAGUUUACAUAAAAGGCAGAGACAUUCGCACAGACAUGGACAUCAUUCGUAGAACUCUGGGAGUGUGUCCUCAACACAAUGUUCUUUUCCCAAAGCUAACUGUAGAAGAGCAUGCAUGGUUCUACGGCCGUCUUAAAGGCAUGAGCAGUGCUGAGGUCAACGAGGAGAUGGCCUCCCUGCUGGAGGAUGUGGGAUUGUUACACAAACGGCACGAGCAGACCAAGAACCUUUCAGGCGGCAUGCAGAGGAAGCUCUCAGUAGCUAUAGCCUUCAUAGGAGGGUCUAAAGUCGUUGUCCUGGAUGAGCCCACUGCUGGAGUGGACCCGUAUUCACGACGUGGGAUCUGGGACCUACUGCUCAAAUACCGCAAAGAUCGUACCAUCAUUUUAUCAACACAUUACAUGGAUGAGGCUGAUCUCCUCGGCGACCGCAUUGCCAUUAUCUCUCAGGGGAAGCUGUGCUGCUGUGGCUCUCCACUUUUCUUAAAAGCUCACCUGGGCACAGGAUAUUACCUCACCGUAGUGAAGAAGGAGCUCCAGAGUCUCACACCAAGCAGUACAAGUGGAGCCAAUCUCUCAGCAUCUACGCUCAUGAAGGAGAGCGAUUCCUCCGUGAGUGAUGACACUGGACUUGGAAAUGAGAUCUGUGGCUCAGAUGUGAGUGGCCUUGUGGCUCUUGCCCAACACUACAUUGCUCGGGCUCGGCUUGUGGAAGAUGUGGGCAGAGAGGCAGUAAUCAAUUUCCCCCAUGCUGCAUCGGAGGAUGGGACUCUCGCCCUUUUCUUGGCAGAGCUGGAGAAACGGCAGAGCGAGUUGGGCAUCAUCAGUUAUGGACUCUCAGAUACUACACUAGAGGAGAUCUUUCUGAAGGUGGCAGAAGAGACAGGAGUAGAUGCUGACCCAGAAAGAGGAGGUGAGGAAGAACCACCUGAGGACAGAGACACAGAAAGGAAUCAACAUUAUACAACAGAUGCUAAUGAAACGGACCCACUGAGCAAUAAUGUUCAGGGUGGCAUGACCCUUACAGGCUGGCGACUGACCUGGCAGCAGCUCCGUGCGCUCUUUACCAAGAGGCUAAAGUACGCCCUGCGCAGCCGAAGAGGUUUCAUAGCACAGAUCGUGCUACCUGCAGUCUUUGUCCUGGUGGCUCUUCUGUUCAGCCUGAUCGUCCCUCCUUUUGGAAAGUAUCCCCCUCUGGAGCUGCAGCCAUGGAUGUACGGCGAACAGUACACUUUCUUUAGCAACGAUGCCCCAGAGAACCUUGAAAUCCAGAAUCUGCUUCAAGCUCUUCUAGAUCCACCUGGAUUCGGGACCAAAUGCAUGGAGACAGACAUGGAGCCCCAGUGUGAGGACAGCGAGGCGGGGACAGUGUUUCUUCGUCCCCAGAUUUCCUACAGCACGUGGCAGUUUUUUAACAAUGGCAACUGGACAGAUGUGCACCCUUCUCCUGAGUGUGAAUGCAGCACUGAGGAUGUUCGCAGAAUGCUACCCGAAUGCCCAGUGGGAGCAGGAGGCUUGCCUCCUCCACAGAUCAAAAGACAGACAGGUGACCUGCUGCAGAAUCUGACCGGCCGUAAUAUUUCUGACUACCUCAUCAAGACUUAUCCACAGAUUCUGAAAAAAAGCAUGAAGACUAAAAAGUGGGUGAAUGAGUUCAGGUAUGGAGGAUUCUCUCUGGGCAGUAAAAGCUCACAGAGUCAGACAGACGUCCAGCAGCUAGAGCAGUCUGUAAUGUCUAUCAGAACACGUUACAAAAUAGCACAGAACAGUUCACUGGAUCAACUUUUGGACAGAUUACCAAACCUUCUUACUGGGAUUAAUAGUACAAACAAUGUUAAGGUGUGGUUUAAUAAUAAAGGCUGGCAUGCCAUGGUAUCGUUUGUGAACAUCAUGAACAACGGACUGCUCCGUGCCAGUCUUCCUCCAGGACCAGACCGAAGGAAACAUGGAAUAACAGCCUAUAAUCAUCCACUUAACCUCACCAAGGAGCAGCUCACCGAGUUGGCCUUAAUGACCACCUCAGUGGAUGUCCUGGUGUCUAUAUGUGUGAUAUUUGCCAUGUCCUUUGUACCAGCCAGUUUCGUACUGUUUCUGAUUGAGGAGAGGGUCAGCAAGUCCAAGCACCUUCAGUUUGUUAGUGGGGUCAAACCCAUUCUCUAUUGGACUGCAAACUUUGUUUGGGAUAUGUUGAACUACACGGUUCCUGCUACCAUGGUGGUCUUCAUCUUCAUAAGCUUCCAACAGCAGUCUUAUGUCUCGGAAAAAAACCUUCCCGCGUUAGUGCUGCUUCUCCUGUUCUAUGGGUGGUCCAUCACUCCCCUGAUGUACCCUGCCUCGUUCCUGUUCUCUGUGCCCAGUACAGCUUAUGUGGUGCUCACCUCCAUCAACCUUUUCAUCGGCAUCAAUGGCAGCAUAGCCACCUUCGUCCUUGAGCUCUUCGUUGAUGAACAUUUAAAUGAGGUCAACAGGAUCCUCAAGAAGGUCUUUUUGAUCUUUCCUCACUUCUGUCUGGGUCGAGGUCUUAUCGACAUGGCUAAAAACCAGGCAAUGGCAGAUGCUUUCCAGAGGCUUGGAAACAAGCAGACAUUGGAGCCACUGGCAUGGGAUUUUGUAGGGAAGAACUUGUUUGCUAUGGCAGUUGAGGGUGUUGUCUUCUUCAUUUUCACCGUACUGCUUCAAUACAAGUUCUUCAUACACUUUAGGCUGUGGUCUGAUCCCAUCCUGCCACCCCUGGGCCCUGAGGAUGAGGAUGUAGCAAAUGAAAGAGAACGUGUGAAAAGCAACAAACCUCAGGACGAUAUUCUUACUGUCAGAGACCUAAGCAAGGUUUAUAAAGCAGGCAAAAGGCCAGCAGUGAACCAGCUUUGUCUUGGUAUUCCUCGGGGAGAGUGCUUUGGGCUUCUUGGGGUUAAUGGAGCUGGGAAGACUUCGACUUUUCGCAUGCUGACAGGAGACACCACUAUUACCUAUGGAGAUGCUUAUCUCAACAGUUACAGUGUGCUGAACGACAUGGACAGAGUACAUCAGCUCAUGGGCUACUGUCCUCAGUUUGAUGCCAUCAAUGACCUUCUGACUGGAAGAGAGCACCUAGAGUUCUAUGCCCGAUUGCGAGGAGUCCCCGAGCCAUAUGUAGCAAAGGUCUCACAGUGGGGCGUGAAAAAGCUGGGACUGACUCAGUACGCCGAUCAGGAAGCUGGGGGAUACAGUGGAGGAAAUAAACGUAAACUCUCGACCGCCAUUUCUCUUAUCGGAGCUCCACCAGUUGUUUUUCUGGACGAGCCUACAACAGGAAUGGACCCGAAGGCUAAGCGCUUCCUGUGGAACUGUAUCCUUAGCGUCAUCAAAGAAGGCCGAGCUGUCGUUCUCACAUCCCACAGCAUGGAGGAGUGUGAAGCUCUCUGCACUCGCAUGGCCAUCAUGGUCAAUGGGAGGUUCCAGUGCCUGGGAUCAGUGCAGCACCUCAAGAACAAAUUUGGCGAUGGUUAUACAAUAAUCCUUCGCUUGUUUGCACCAUCUUUGGACCCCUGCCCCAUUGAUACCUACAUCCAGAAGUGCUUUCCUGGAGUAGAGCUGAAAGAAAGACACCACAAUGUUCUGCAGUAUCAGCUGCCAACUCACGCCUGCUCCCUCGCACACGUGUUCGACAUUCUGUCAAACAACAGCGAAGAGCUGGGAAUUGCGGAAUAUUCCGUCUCUCAGACAACACUGGACCAGGUGUUUGUCAACUUUGCAAAGGAACAAAUGGAUGAUGAUGACCGACUAAGAGAGGUGGCUGUAAACAAUGGAUCAGAUGCAGCACAAUCCCACACAUCUCAGCACUCCAGUCAAACUCUCUCUCCAUUGCUAACCACUUCUUUUAAACCUAAAAGGUCAGUGUCUCAAGUUAUGGCUGCUCAGUCACCCCAUCCAUUAUCGUCCUCCAGAUCCAGUCAGCCAGGAGCUGCAGGGUCGAAGACUAAAGAGAGGAAAUGUAGCGAAACAAAACAACCUCAGCAAAUACAAAUGCAGCCUCUGAUGGAUUUCCCAGCUAAUGGAAUCAAGUGCACAGAAGAAGAGAAAUCUCAGAGCAAAGACAUAACCAAGCUUUUUGUCGUCAAGACAUGAGCGACUUCUCUGUCUUGGAUCUUGAUAUUUUGCUUGAUGAUAAUAAAUUUAGUUUCAUCUGUAUUUAUCUCAAACUACCAUCCUUGUAUUGAAGAUAUUAUGAACUCUCAGGACCACUCUGUUAGUUGUCCGAAAACUCCUGUAUAAUGUAUAACACAAAUUGCACUUUACAUUACUCUAUGUAUAUUUGUGCAAGUAUUGACCAAUCUUAUUUUUUAGAAUUUUUUUUUCAUCAUUAACUAUAAGUCUGAAAAUGAUGUUAUGAUCAGAAACUGCCUUUAAUAAGUCAGAUUUUUUUUCUAUUCUUAUUAUUGCAUACCUCUGAUGCAGCUUUAAUACCAAACUGUAGGAUGCACAUAGGAUAAAACUGUGUCACUGGAAUGUAUUCUUGAAUCAAAAUAUCAUUAUGGCAGAAGUUGUAUAUUGCACAUGUAAAGUGAUAUGCACUGAGAUGUUCACUUUCUUUGUUCGGGAAAACAAAAACCGCAAAUGCACUCGAGUUACAUGAGAAGAAUCUAUUAGUAGGUUAAAUGAUGUGUUUGUUUUAUUUUAUUUUAUUAUAAAUGAAGUAUUUAUUUUG